AUGGGUGAUGAACUUGAGAAAUUUCGUGAAAAUUGGAAAGGUGAAAUUGAAUUCCGAAAAGCUGUGGAGAAUUUGAACUUGGAUGAUGAACCAUCACAGAAUGUUGAAGGAGAGAAAGAAGAUGAACCAAAAGUCGUGAGUUUACUCUUUUUUAUUUUAAAAAUCUAGAAACAUGAAAUAUCUUCAGAACAUGGAAGCGAUCCAAUUAUUUCAAGAUGGUAUUAAUCAUGAAAAACAAGGAAAUAUGUCAAAAGCUGUGUCUUGUUAUCGACAAGCCAUCAAAUUGGAUCCACAUAUUGAAAAAGUGAUGUCAAAAAUUGAAAAAUAUUCCAAGAAAUCGAAUAAGAAUGAGGGAGAUAUGAUUUAUCAAGUGUUUUUAAAUCAACUCAUUGACCGAAUUCAGGAGCGAAAAACUUCGUUUGAAGCGGAAAGAGGUGGUCUAUUUUUUCAACACUUCAAGCCAGACUCUGAUGUUUUUUAGGAGGAGUUGUGCAAUUCGAAAAACUCCCAGCUGAAUUGAUUGAAUUGAUUAUUGAAAAAUGUAUUGGAAAACAAAACGAUCUUCUAACACUUGAAAGAAUUUCAUUGACUUGUGCUGCAUUUUUUGUGCAUUCUACGUAAGUUUUUUCUUUAUUUGAGUAAAAUAUAUUUGAAAAACAAUUUUAGGAAUGAUAAUCUUUGGCGAAUGAUUCAUAAUCGAGCAAAUCAAGGAGACACCACAACAACUUGCAAUUCAGAUUCUUGGAAAUCACAUUUUCUCUCAACUCCACAAGUAUAUUUUCAUGGAUUUUAUUCGUGCAAAAUAAGUUAUAUUCGACACGGAGAACCGUCUUUUCAGGUAACUUUGAUAGUUUUUAUAAGCUCGAAACCUAUGAAAUUUUUAUAGGACUCGAAUUACUCAUCCUGGCACACAGUGACUUAUUAUCGUGUUCUUCGUCUUUUCCCGAGUGGAAGAGCAAUUUAUGGAAUAACAUCGGAAAAUCCACGAAAUGUAUCUGAACUUACUGAUAAAUCGGGAAUUAAAACCAAUGAUGCGAUAAUGAGAGGAACUUUUAAGGUGGAAUGUGGAUUGUUGAAAGUUGAUGUGUCGAGACCAUGUCCAAAACCAAAGAAGACGGUGGGGAAAUUCAGAGAUCGACUUGUAAAAGUUGUUGAACAUGGGGUGAGUUUUGAGGGAAACAUAUCAAAUGAUGGGGGGAACAUUUCAAAAUUUGAGAAAUAUGGUCAACUUAAUUCAAGAUUGAGAGCUGACAGAUUUUUUUGCUGAUAAAAACGACCAUAUCCAUUCUAUUCUUCGUUUUGUAUUUCACUUUCCAAAUCCAAUUGAAAUAUUUUUUUCAGGUUGUCAAGCAAGAUUACACCAUUCGCUUUGCCGUGAAGUUUGACGGAAAGUGUCGUUGUGGUUUGGAAUGGAUCAGCAACCAUCUCGAAACCACUUUCCUAAACAACGAAGUAUCAAAAACUGACAUCGAAGUUUCCAACAUUCAAGAUUUCCCACCAAUGAGAUUCCAUGCAACAGAAACUUGA